GUUAAGAGGCUGCUAAAAUCCAGAAACAGGAUAGGAUCACUAGGCCCAAGUUGCAAAAACAGACAAUUGGUUAUCCUGUCUACAAUUUUAAGUUAAAUAUGUUGCUUUUUGUCUUGAUUUGUGUCCUGAUCGCAAUUUGUAUGUUUUCUGUGUUAGACUGGAUAAUUUCAUGUAUAAAAGUAAAGAGCAACAUAGUAGUGGAAAACAGUCAUGUUAUGAUUACUGGUGGUAGUAGUGGCAUUGGUCUUGCACUGGCAAAGUUGUAUUUAUCAAAAGGUGCCAAUGUUACUAUUGUUGCAAGAAACAAGAUUAAAUUGGCUCAGGCUGCCAUGGUUUUAGAGAAAGAAAAAGUGAAAAAAAGCCAAAAGGUUUGCAUUGUAUCUGUUGAUCUGACCAAAGAUCUACUUUACAUAAGAAAUGCAUAUAAAGAGGCACAAGAGUGUAAUGGUAGUGUGAACAUACUUAUAAACUGUGCUGGAUUUGCUUAUUGUGGAACUUUUGAAAAUACAGAUUCUGAAGAUUUCAAACUCAUGAUGGAUACAAAUUUCUUUGGAGGUGUGCAUAUGACAAAAUGUGUUAUAGAUGAUAUGAAAAAAAUGGAACAAGGGCACAUAGUUUUUGUUUCAUCUAUAGGAGGACAGCUAGGGUUGUAUGGAUACACUGCUUAUUCAGCAUCUAAGUUUGCUGUGAGAGGAUUUGCAGAAUCUUUGGCUUCCGAGCUCAAGCCACACAAUAUUGGGGUUUCUGUAGCAUUUCCACCAGACACAGAUACACCUGGUUUUGAAAACGAGAACGAGUCCAAACCUGAAGCCACAAAGCUUAUCUCAGAAACAGCUGGCCUUUUUACACCUGAUGAGGUGGCGGAAAUUAUCAUCAAAGGAGUCAAUAAUCGUCAAUACUUAAUUUGGUGUGGUGUUGAUGGAUUUGCCAUGAAUACACUAACUUGUGGUGCUGCCCCACCAUCCUCUCUUGGGGAAGUUCUUGUUCAAGUACUUCUGAUGGGUCCAUUAAGACUUAUGAUCUUGUUCUACUUAUGGAGCUUCAGUCGAAUUAUUGCUAAAUGCACAAAAGCAGAAAAAAUACAAAAUAAAUCCAAGUCAGAGUAGUUUUUUCCUUAUAUCAGGAACCACAGCAGUUACUUUUCACACUUAAAUAGGUAAGCAAAUAAACAAAUUGUAAACAUAUCACAUUAGUAUUAUGUUAAAAAAGA